AUGGUUUUCAGAGAAGGAGGAGGAAAGGCUGGACCGGGGAAAUGCUACGUGUCUGUGCUCAUUUUACACUCGCUCUUCUCUGUAUCUAUACUCCUAAGCAACUGAUCACACUUUAAUCAGUGUACACAUUCCGGUCAGCCGUCUGAAGACGAGGAAUCCACACAGCUCCAGGAACACAGCAGAAAUACAGCAUGUCAGGAAACAAGAAUCAGCGGACGGAUCUGCAGAGGUCUACCAAUGUUGUGUACCAGGACCACCAUGUGAGCAGGAGUAAGAGAGGGCAGGUGGUUGGCACCAGGGCAGGUUUCCGUGGAUGUGUGGUCUGGCUGACUGGUCUUUCGGGGGCUGGUAAGACAACCAUUGGCUUUGCCCUUGAGGAAUACUUGGUGUCCCACGCCAUUCCCUCCUACUCUCUGGACGGGGACAACAUUCGCCACGGACUCAACAAGAACCUAGGCUUCUCCACCACGGACCGCGAGGAAAACAUUCGUCGAAUCGCUGAGGUGGCAAAGCUGUUUGCGGACGCUGGUCUCGUUUGCAUCACCAGCUUCAUCUCGCCAUACACCAAGGAUCGUGCCGAAGCACGCAAGAUUCUCGAGGCUGCAGGGCUGCCCUUCUUCGAGGUAUUCGUGAACGCACCGCUGGAUGUCUGUGAGAGUCGAGAUGUCAAGGGUCUCUAUAAGAAGGCACGUGCUGGAGAGAUUAAAGGUUUCACAGGCAUUGAUGCCGAGUAUGAGAAGCCGGAGGCUCCAGAGCUGGUGCUGAAAACUGGCCAGGCGACAGUGAAUGAGUGCAUACAGCAGCUGGUGGGGCUGCUGCAGGAGCAGAGUAUUGUUCCUACUUCAAUGAUGGAGGAGGUGAAGGAGCUCUUUGUGCCAGAAAACAAGCUGGACUUGGCACAGGCUGGCGCCAAGACACUGCCCACACUCAAGAUCACCCAGCUCGAUAUGCAGUGGGUGCAGGUGCUGGCUGAAGGAUGGGCGACGCCUCUGAAAGGCUUCAUGAGGGAGAGAGAGUUCCUACAGGUCUUACACUUUGGCACAUUAUUAGAUGGAGAAACAAUCAACCUGUCUGUGCCCAUCGUUCUGUCCGUGUCCUCGGAGAACAAGGAGAGUCUGGACGGCUGUGCUGCGUUAGCUCUGGAGUACGAAGGCCGCAAGGUGGCCAUUCUCCGCAACCCUGAGUUCUAUGAGCACAGGAAGGAGGAGCGAUGUGCUCGUCAGUGGGGGACCGUCUGUGCCCAACACCCUCAUAUAAAGAUGGUGAUGGAGGGUGGUGAUUGGCUAGUCGGUGGUGACCUGGAGGUGCUGGAGCGAAUCAAAUGGAACGAUGGACUGGACCAGUAUCGCCUGACUCCUACGGAACUCAAGCAGAAAUUCAAGGAAAUGAAAGCUGAUGCUAUUUUUGCUUUCCAGCUGCGUAACCCUGUCCACAACGGGCACGCCUUGCUGAUGCAGGACACGAAGCGCCGGCUGCUGGAAAGGGGGUACAAGCGCCCGGUACUGCUCCUGCACCCCCUGGGUGGAUGGACCAAGGAUGACGACGUGCCCCUGGCCUGGCGCAUGAAGCAGCAUGCUGCAGUGCUGGAGGAGGGGGUUCUGGACCCCACCUCCACCAUAGUGGCCAUUUUCCCUUCACCCAUGAUGUAUGCUGGACCUACAGAAGUUCAGUGGCACUGCAGGGCACGGAUGAUUGCUGGAGCCAACUUCUACAUCGUGGGUCGGGACCCGGCUGGAAUGCCCCAUCCCGAGACCAAGAAGGAUAUCUAUGAGCCGACUCACGGAGCGAAGGUUCUGACCAUGGCCCCGGGCCUCACCUCCGUGGAGAUCAUUCCCUUCAGAGUGGCUGCCUACAACAAAGCAAAGAAAGCAAUGGACUUCUAUGAUAAAGAGCGACACAGUGAGUUUGACUUCAUCUCAGGAACUCGCAUGAGGAAGCUCGCUCGCGAUGGUGAAUACCCCCCUGAUGGCUUCAUGGCUCCCAAGGCGUGGAAAGUCCUGACCGAAUACUAUGUCUCUCUGGGAAAAGAGAACUAACGUUUCAUUGUAACUGUAGGAAACACUGGUUGAAUAGCUGAUUUUAUGCAACUGUACGUUAUCAUCUUAAAAAACAUAUAGAUGACCAGUAAAGCUGUCCAAUUGUAUAGCAAUAUAUAGGCUUGCUACUAUUCGAUUUUUAUUUUUUUGCCAAAUCAACGAUUAAUAUUGAUGUUUAUUUUAGAAAGAAUGU